AUGGCCUACACAACCGUCUCCCAGCGUAAACUGGCCGAAUUGGACGCCAAAAUCCCCGCCGAAUGGAGACUAUCCGCGUCUCAGAUCCCACUGGGGAUGCUGUCGCCCGCCGAAUCCAUCACCAACGUCAAGCAGUACGGCCGAGUCAACGUGAUGGACAUCCCUCGAACCUGUGGCUUGCUCUCUGCUCGCGAGCUCCAAAUCACAGAAGACUAUGACGUCCGCGGAUUGUUACGCGCCAUGGCCGACAACCACCUCACAGCCGAGGAGGUCACCACUGCUUUCUGCAAGAGAGCAGCCAUCGCGCACCAACUGACCCGCUGCCUAACCGAACCGCUGUUCGACCGCGCCGUCCAGCGCGCGCGCGAGCUCGACGCCUACCUGCACCGCACCGGCCGCCCCAUCGGGCCCUUGCACGGCCUCCCCGUCUCCGUCAAGGACUGCUUCCACAUCAAAGAUGUCGACUCCAGCAUCGGCAUCGCCGCCCUCGUCGCCCGCCCGGCGACGGAAGACGCCCCCCUGAUCCAGCUCCUCACCGCCCUGGGCGCCAUCGUCCUGACCAAAACCAACGUCCCGCAGACCAUGGGCGCCCUCGACAGCGCCAACUUCGUCUUCGGCCGCACGCUGAACCCGCUCAACCGCGCGCUCACGGCUGGCGGCUCCUCCGGCGGCGAGGGCGUGCUGGUCGCCAUGCGCGGGUGCAUGGUGGGUUUCGGCACGGAUAUCGGCGGGAGCAUCCGGGUGCCGGCGAUGUGUAUGGGUGUGUACGGCUUCAAGCCGAGCGUGGGGCGCGUGCCCUUUGGCGGGCAGGAGGCCGGGCAGAUCCCUGGUAAAGGGCGGAUCGCGCUGCAGGCGGUUGCGGGUCCGAUUGCGCGGUCGGUCCGUGAUCUCGGCACUGUGAUGGCGGAGAUUGUGCCGCGGGCGGAGCUGUUUGGCGAGGAUUGCAUUCCGGGGUUGUGGGACGGGGAGUUCCCCCGUUCGGGCCGGAGGAGAAACGUGACGAUUGGGGUGCUGAGGUCGGAUGGCGUCGUGCAGCCGCUGCCGCCGGUGGCGAGGGUGCUGGAGGAGGUGGCGCAGAUGCUGCGCCGGACGGCGGGCGUCGAGGUGGUUGACAUCCCCGUCCCGCCGGCGCUGUCCAAGUGCCAGGGUCUGGCGGGCCGGCUGAUGGGCGUCGAUGAUGGGUCGACAAUGCUGGAUCUGCUGGAGGGCACGGGGGAGCCGUUGAUCCCGUGGCUGCAGGGCCGCGUGAAGCGCGGCAAGGCGCUGAGCGUGGUGCAGCUGGCGCAGUUGCAGGCGCAGCGGUCUGCGGUGGAAAAGGAGCUGUUGGGGAUGUGGAUGCGCGAUGGCGACCGGCUGGCCGGCCGGUCGGUCGACGCCAUCAUCCUCCCCGUUGCGCCGCAUCCGGUCCCGGAGAUUGAUCGGUAUAAUGCUGUGGGAUAUACGUCGUCGUUUGUGCUGCUCGACUACCCGGCGGGCGUCAUCCCCGUGCGGAAGUUCCGCGAGACGGAUCUGGAGCUGGGCCAGGAGAUGACGGCGCCGGUGCUGGGGAGCUGGGACAAGGCCAACCGGCUGUUGUGGAACGAGAAAACGGUGGAUCGACGUGUAUACCUCGACUCUCCCCUGAGCAUUCAGGUCGUCACACCCAAGCAGCACGACUACGAGCUCUACAGGGCCAUGGAGAUUAUUGACCGAGUAGUGCGGGCAGAGGAGCACAAGACAGUUGCCAAGCUGUAG